UUAUGUUUACCUUCUCACCUUAUCAUCAAAAUGAGAAACGAAUGAUUCAUAGAUAACCAAAAGCCACAAUCAUUUAUUCACUAAUAUUUAUCUUUUUUCUGCACUUUCUCUUUUGUUUUUUUCAUUACUUUGAUCAUCACUUUCCUUUUCUUUAGACGGCUCUCCCUUUUCUCUUUUUUCUUGAUUUUUGUUCGGUUUCAAGUUAAAUGGCGUCUGAUGAGAAUUCGAACAUGGUUUUUUACGAUGAUUAUGAUCAUGAUACUGAUGAUGGGUACUCUGAUCAUCAGCUGCCACAUCAACAUAAUUUGUCAAGAUUAUCAGUGUGUACUAGUUCUAUGCACACAAAUGAAGAUGAUGAUUAUCAAGAUUGUGAUGGAAUGAAGAUGUUCAUGUCAAGAUUAUCUAUAGAGAGCUUUGAUGCAGAUGAGGAACUCUCUGAUGAUGAGAAAGAAGGGGUCAUAAGCAUGCUUGAUCUUUCAUCGGACUCUGAUAAAGAACCUGGCUGCUACUCACUUCCAGCAACCCCGCCUCGCCGGAGGAACCGUGGUGGUGGUGGAGUGGUGAAGCUCCGAGAUGUUGUAGGAGGAAAAGAGUAUGCUAGUGAAAAUGAAGCUCAAAAGGGUAACCAUACGAGAAAGAAUUCGAGAAGGAAAAGGAGGGUCAUAAGAGAAAGAUGGAUAGACAGUGAUAAUAACAAUAAUAAGAGUGAUAAAAAGAAAGAAGAGGAGAGCAUUGGUUUGGGUAUGUGUAAUUAUUACGGAAACGGUAAUAGCUUUAGUGGAGAGAGUGAAAAUGGAGGUGUGGUGGUGAUAACAAGGCCAAAAGGAGGAAAGAGGGCAUUGUGCAUGGACUUGGAUGAAGUGAAAGCUUGUAGAGAUCUUGGGUUUGAAUUAGAGCACGAGCGUAUGCUUGAGAUGCCUAGUCGAGUCUCACUUUCAGGAUCUACCCUUGAUACUAGUAGUGGUGGCAAUUCACCUAUUGCCAAUUGGCGCAUUUCUAGCCCUGGUGAUGAUCCAAGAGAUGUCAAGGCCAGGCUAAAGGUAUGGGCACAAGCAGUGGCACUUGCAUCUACGUCUAAACACGGCUGCUUCUGAAUUCUGACUCCUAACGUUUGCGGAUACUAAUCCAUACGUUUUUCUUUUGGUUUUGUUUUGUGGGUGUAGAUAGACAUUUUCCUACCUAUAAGGAAAAAGAAAAAGAAAAAAGCAGCUUCUUCUAUAAUCUUCAUUUUGUUUACUAGUUUGGGUGGAUUCGGAAAUUGAGGUUGGACUCAAUUUUGUUAUAGUAGAACAAGAGCUAUCCUUUUUGAAGGUUAUCUUGAUUUUGUUUUCUAGAUUUUGGUAUAGGGAUUUCAGGGUCAGACUGCAGAGUCUCACCGGUUCCCUUCUCUGUACAUGUUUCCACUGUUGUAAAUAGCGCAUGGUGAGGGGGUGUUGGAGGCAUGCUGUCUGACUUAAAAAACACUAGAUUAUUAUAUUUGUUACCGAGUUUCAAUUGAUUUGAGUGAUUAUAGCACUGGGAGUGAGAUCCUGUUAUAACAGGAAAAAGAAAGUCAAGUUUUUUUGGAUUU